AUGGAGAUGGUGUGGCUUCUUCUGUGCAGCUUUGCUUUGUUGUUAAAGAUGAGCCUUGUCUGCAACUCUGAGGCUGGCAGUGUCACAUAUGAUGCAAGGUCUUUGAUUAUAGAUGGCCAACACAAAAUUCUGUUUUCUGGUUCCAUUCAUUAUCCCAGAAGCACUCCUGAGAUGUGGCCAUCUUUGAUAGCCAAAGCCAAAGAAGGAGGAAUAGACGUGAUACAAACAUACGUGUUUUGGAACCUUCAUGAACCCCGACAAGGAAAGUUUGAUUUCAGUGGAAGACAGGAUAUAAUAAGUUUCAUUACGGAAGUCCAAAAACAAGGCCUAUAUGUCUGCCUUAGAAUUGGACCCUUCAUUGAGAGUGAAUGGUCGUACGGGGGUCUGCCAAUUUGGUUACGGGACAUUCCCGACAUUGUUUUCCGAUCUGAUAACGAACCAUUCAAGACUGAAAUGGAAAAGUUCACAACGAAAAUGGUCGCUAUGAUGAAAGCAGAGAAUUUGUAUGCUUCACAAGGUGGACCAAUUAUAUUGUCACAGAUUGAGAACGAGUACAAAAUGGUAGAACCAGCUUUUCAUGAAAGAGGACCCCCUUAUGUUCGUUGGGCUGCAGCCAUGGCAGUGGGGCAGCAAACUGGUGUUCCCUGGGUUAUGUGUAAACAAAAUGAUGCUCCAGACCCUGUGAUCAACUCAUGCAAUGGGAUGAAUUGUGGAGAAACUUUUGCUGGUCCUAAUUCCCCUAAUAAGCCAUCACUUUGGACAGAGAACUGGACAAGCCAAUACCAAGUGUACGGUGGUGAACCGUACAUAAGAUCAGCUGAAGAAAUUGCAUAUCAGGUUGCGCUGUUUAUUGCAAAGAACAGAGGAAGCUAUGUUAAUUACUACAUGUAUCAUGGAGGAACCAAUUUCGGAAGAACAGCUUCUGCAUUUGUGGUGACUAGUUAUUAUGAUGAAGCUCCUCUUGAUGAGUACGGUUCAAUAAGGCAACCAAAAUGGGGUCAUCUUAAGGAAUUGCAUGCUGCAGUGAAGCUAGCCUCCAGUGCUCUACUUUCUGGAGACCAAACUAGUAUCUCUUUGGCCCAACUACAAGAUGCUUAUGUCUUCAAAGUACAAUCAGGAGAAUGUGCUGCUUUCUUGGUGAACAAGGGACCUAAACAUGCCACUGUCCUCUUUCAAGAAUCUUCAUAUCAAUUGCCACCAAAGUCAAUCAGUAUCCUACCAGACUGCAAAAACGUAGCCUUCAACACUGCAAAGGUAAGUGCACAACAUGCUACAAGAUCAUGGCAGGUAGCUCAAAAGUUUGAUUCAGCUGAAAACUGGGAAGAGUACAAAGAAGCUAUUCCAAAUUUUGAGAAGACCACAUUGCGAGCAAGCACAUUACCGGAGCAAAUAAGUAUAACGAAAGAUGAAUCUGAUUACCUUUGGUACACUUUCAGCUUUCAGUAUGAUUCGGACGCUCAAUCUACAUUUAGUGUAAAAUCACAUGGACAUGUCUUGCAUGCAUUUGUAAAUGGAGUAUUUACAGGAUCUGCACAUGGAAGGCACAGGAAUGAAAGUUUUUCCUUGGAGCAAACUGUUACUCUGAGUAAAGGGAUUAAUUAUAUAUCCUUGCUUAGUGCAAUGGUCGGAUUACGGGAUAAUGGAGCAUAUCUAGAGCGUAAAGUGGGUGGAUUACAUGAAGUGAGGGUUGGAGAUCAAGAUUUCAGCAAAAGCUCAUGGGGCUAUCAGGUUGGGCUGGAUGGAGAGAAGUUACAAAUCCAUAGCGACAGUGGACCAAGUAAAGUUCAAUGGAGUAAGUUGGGAAGCUCUGAUCAUCAACCACUGACAUGGUACAAGAUUCUAUUUGAUGCACCAGCAGGACAUGACUCUAUUGCAUUAAAUCUUGGUUCCAUGGGAAAGGGUGAAGCCUGGGUUAACGGCCAAAGCAUCGGUCGAUUUUGGGUCUCCUUCCAAACCCCGAAAGGCAAACCUUCACAGACAUGGUACAAUGUACCUCGAUCAUUCCUCAAGCCUACCGGGAACCUAUUAGUUCUCCUGGAAGAAGAAAACGGCGACCCCCUUGGAAUUUCACUGGACAAAGUUUCAGUAACACAAGUAUGUGGGCAUGUGUCUGAAACACAUCUACCCCCAGUGAGCAAAUGGUUGGUUCAGAAAACUCAGAAUAAGAAUAACACUAAAACGAAACUUGGUAGAAGGCCAAAAAUUCAACUCAGUUGUCCUCCAAAGAAGAGCAUCUCCAAAGUCUUAUUCUCAAGCUUUGGCAACCCUUCCGGUGAUUGUAAAACUUAUGCCACCGGAAGCUGCCACUCAUCUAAUUCCAAAGCAAUUGUAGAGCAGGCUUGUCUAGGGAAGAGGAGAUGUUCCAUCCCAGUAUCAUUACAAAAGUUUGGUGAUCCAUGCCCAAGCAUCAGUAAAACUUUGUUGGUUGAUGCACAAUGCACAUGA